AUGGCAUCUCAAUUGGAUAAAAGUCCUGAAAUAAAACAGGAUAAUUUUCAUAUCGAUGAAAAUCAAGUUCGUCUUGAUUUUGGUCGAUUAACAACAACAACAGAAGGAUUUCAUCGAUGCUCUACACCAAAAUCAUCCACCAUCGGUGAUGAAACACAAGAAAUUGUGGACAUUAGUAAACAAUGUUUACCGUCUGAAUCAAUCUUCACUGAAGAAGAAGAUGAAGUAUCAGAUAAUGACAUGUCAUCUGAUACUGAAUUACAUCAUUGGCCAUCUAGUGAAGCUGAUAAUGAUGAUGAUUAUGACGAGUCAGGAUCGUCACGAUGUUGUGAUCCUUACGAAUCGUACGACUGGGAAUGCUGA